AUGGACGCUCGCUGGGCAGAGGAGCGCAGACGGCUCAGCUGGAUCUCACAGGUCUCCGUGCGCCCAUUCACUCCCUCCGAAUCCUUCGCCUUCCCAAAACCGCCUGGAUCUGAAAAGACCAAGGGUGUGCAGACUGCCACCCACUCUCCUCAAGCUAGCAUCGCUAGCGUUCCAGAAACCUCCGAGACCAACGACACGUACCAUACUGCUGUGGCCGUCUCCUCGGAAAGUCCUUUCGCAGAUCCGACGGAGCUUAAGAACCCAUUCCUGGACGUUGUUCACCUCAAGCCGAUCAAGCGAUCCUACAUUCCCUACCGGGGUGAUGAACUUGGGGUUCAGCGUGGAGAGGACGUUUCCGUGUUGAAGUACUUUGGCGAUGGCUGGGCAUUGGUCGAGCGCAGCUUAAACGGGGUGGUUGAGACUGGUCUAAUCCCGCAAGCCUGCUUCCAGGAUGCGUGA